UCUUACGAUGGAAACGGAUGUUUUUACCCUCUGGCUUCUUCUCAACGGAUAUUUCAACAAUAUUAGCAAAAACUGAGGUGAAAUAUGUGAGGAAACUUUAUUGACUGGUAUUCUUCUCAGGAUUUAAGAAUUACGAGGUCAGGAAGCAAUUGACAUAUCACCUCAUCAUCAGCAUUUUCUGCGUUGUGAGAUCAUGCUGGGUGAUGCGUUUGGACAUCGCGUUGAAUCAAGCGUGGGAAAUAAAGCCGUGAAGACGAACAGAUCCAAACAGAUCCUGAGGAAGAGAGGAAGAAUUGUGCUCAAUAAGGACAACAGAGACACUGCAAACAUCAGCAAAACAUGCUAUAAACCUUCACUAACUACACACGACGAGACUAAACCAGCUACUAAUAAACAGUCAAAAGCAGAAAGAUGUGACCGAGGACAUCAGCCCAGUCAUCUGUGUUUGAACCUGAACGAUGGAAGACGGCACAGAAACGCUCCCGACAACACUGAGCUUGCCAAAACACACGAGAGUGUGACACGCCGUGAGAAGAUGAACGUUUGUUCUGAGCCGUCAUCUGACGGAGAGAAGACGUACGCUGGAGCCAAGUUCAGCGAGCCUCCUUCGCCCAGCGUCCUCCCCAAGCCGCCCAGCCAUUGGGUGGGAGAACACGCGCGUCUGGAUGCGGCUGCGCAGACCGCCUGCAGUAAAGAGCAGAUGUCUGUGUGCCUGAAAACUCUGUUGAAGCUCCACGAGAAACCAUGAGAUAGACAAAAUUACUAUAGUAAUUGAAGAGAAAACGUAUUUGGACUGUUGACAUCAUGCAACAGAUGCUGAACAAUCUUUUCGAGUAGAAUGAGGAUUUUAAGACAUUCAGACAUGGGUACUGUAUGUCUUUUAGCUGAAGAGUGAGCGUCGUUUUGAUUCUGAGUCUCAUUAAUAAACCUGCAUCACGAUGGUUUUAACGUCGCAUGAACCUGUCGACAGCAGGAGGAGUCGACACCUACAUUUUUGCACAAGAUGGGAAAGUCUAUAAAAAUGUUUAACUUUUGUUGGCCACAAGAUAAGCUGUUUGUCUUGCACAACUUUCAUGAAAAAUGUAUGUUAUGGUAAAUUUUACCAGAUAUUGAAGCACUGUGUGACGUAAGCAGCUUCUCUGUGCUAGUCCUCAUUUCAGUUUUCAUUUUCUCAAACAUGUACAAUUGUGCACAUGUUCUGUCACAUUGAAAUCUGUAAAUCCUUCUUCUGAACUUAUUUCACUGCCAAACGAUUUGUUUGUAACAUUUGGAUUAGUUAAAAACAGAUUUGAAAAGAUCAUUUUAUUUUUAUCUAGAGAUGAUGAAAUAAAGAUUCUUUGUCCCUGUAAUUUUUAUGUUUUAUGACAAGUGAGAUCGAUAUUCAGGUCACAUGCUCUCAGUAAGUGCAUUUAACUGAUUCUCUCGGUAUGUGAAAUCACAAAUCCUCACUUCUGUCCUGUGUUUAAGCAGUUUAAGCAAAUUUUAAUUUAAAUGACAUUUGAAAAGGAUUUGCCUAUUUGUCAAACUGUAAGGAUGUGCAGGGUUGGGUCACUUUCACAUUUAAACACGCUUUCAUUUUUGUUGAAUGUUUCAAAACCAGUGAGUGAGUGAUUUCAGUCACAGCAUCUCUUCAUCUCAUUUACCAGUACAGAAUGUCCAUCAUCAUUUAGAGCAUUCACAACUAUCACACAAACUUGAUCUUGUUGAUAAAAUCUGUAUGAAAUUCCUCACAAAUUAAUUUGUGGAUUAAAGCCGAAGAAA